CUCCAGCGAUAGAAGAGGCCCCUCUCCCUGGCAGGCACGCCAGACUGUUCUCUUCUCACCCCCUCCGGCAUGUGCCCACCAUGGCUACCAUUCAGGAGCUGGUAGGAAGAUGGCGCUUGGUGAGCAGCAGCGGUUGUGAUGAAUUUAUGAAGAAACUAGGAGUGGGGAUGGCUCUGCGAAGAAUGCAAGAUUUGGCCAGACCAGACUGUAUCAUCGAUUUUGAUGGUAAAACCCUCACCAUAAAAUCCGAGAAUUCUUUGAGGACAGCACAGUUUUCAUGUAAACUGGGGGAGAGUUUUGAAGAAAAUACAGCGGAUGGCAGAAGAACUCAGACUGUCUGCAUUUUUAUAAACGGCACUUUGAUUCAAAGGCAGAAAUGGGAAGGGAAUGAAAGCACAAUAACGAGAAAACUAGAAGAUGGGAAAUUAGUGGAGAAAUAUGUCUUUAAUGAUGUCACCUGUACUGUGAUCUAUGAAAAAGUAGAAUAAAAAAUUAAAAUUCCAUCAUUUUGGACAGGAAUUAACUGCAAAUUCAAUGAACAAACCUCCAUACAGCCUUCCCUCCCCCUCCCCAUUACAGUAUUUAAUCUAUCACAAUUUUU